UACACAUUACACACACGCACUGAUCCAGGCACACGCGAGCAGCCUUGCAUACAAAGUCACAAAAAAGGAAACCCUCAUCAAAGGAGCAUGCUGUCACUCAUCUAAACCUCCUCUCCCCACUCCCUCCCUCACCUCCUCUGCCUUCUCCUGUCGGAGUUCCUGUGUGGGAUCUGUCCUCACUGAAGGACACGUUCACGGGCUCGCUUCUUCAUCGGGACAUGUUAAUGAUGUGAAGCGGCCGCCUGCCGUUGUGCGAUCAGCAGGCUGAGACAGAUCACUUCACAGAUCAGAGAGGAGGCAGAGACGCGCCGGGGCGAGGAUGUCCGACUGAGACGAGUGCCGCUGUUGUUCUGGUUAUUUUUAACCCACAAUUUUUCUCAUUGCCUUCCCCAGAGACUCAAGCACCCGUCGGAUGGUGGACUGCACAGCUGAAUGUCAGCUGCUUGUGGAGCAUGGGUACAACUGCCAGUGCCGCACCACAGCCAGUUUCUGCAGCGUCACCGCUCGAGAGCGUCCACGGCAACGGGAUGGCCGACAGCAGGCAGUCUCUUAGCAUGAGCCCCUUUCAGACAGUCAACAUCCACAACAACAAGGCCAAGUCCAUUAUCACCAACAAAGUCGCACCUGUCGUCAUCACGUAUAACUGCAGACAGGAAUUCCAGAUUCACGAUGACAUCCUCAAGACCAACUACAAACUGGGUCGGAUAUCAGACACAAUGCCCGAGCACUACCUGGUGCAGGGGGAAUACUUCAUGGUCCAGGAUGUGUACAGCAAGGCAGAUGUCUUGAAUACUACGGGCAGCUACGGGGCCCCCAACUUCCGCCAAGUCAAGGGAUCAUACCCACUGUACGGGAUGGGUCAGCCGAGCCUGAAUGGCUUCAAACAGGUCCUCCACAGGCUCCAGGCACAAGGACAUGAGGAGGUUAUUUUCUUCUGUGUAAGAGAGGAGCCGGUGGUUUUCCUGCACAAAGACGAGGACUUUGUGCCGUACACGCCGAGGAGGAAGGAAAACCUUCACGAGAACCUUCACGGCCUGGAUAAAGAUGUGCUGGUGGAGGGCCUGGAGCUCACCAUAAGGAAGGAGCUCCACGACUUUGCCAAGCUCAAUGAGAACAUCUUCUACGUCUACAACGACAUCGAGUACUUCAAAGACGAGCCACAGAAGAUCUCCAUCACAUGCGAGGAGGACAUCCACGUGACGGAGGAGGUCUAUAAGAGGCCCAUGUUCACCAUGCCCACCUACAGGUACUACAGAUUACCAUUACCAAUGGAGGGAGCACCGAUGGAGGAAGACUUUGACGCGUUUGUUAACAUACUCAGGGAGAGUCCCAGCUUGUCUCAGGGCCACGAUGCGUCUCGGCCUCUGCCUUCACUGCUCUUCAGCUGCCAGGUGGGUGUCGGCCGCACCAACCUCGGCAUGAUCCUGGGCACACUGGUCAUGAAUCGGCUGAAGGGGGAUUCACAGCUGCCGUCUGAAGUUGAGGAGAAGGCGACCGCUUCAGAACCCAAACCGCUAUUCCACGUCAUCCAGUCACUGAUCAACAAGCUGCCGAACGGACAGCAGGUCAUGGAAGAGGUUGACCACGCUAUCACCCUGUGUUCUGAAAUGCACAACAUUAAAGAAGCAAUCUACGAGAACAAGAGUAAGCUGGAAGGCAUUGGAGAAGAUUAUCAAAUACAGGGAAGCAGCACCAAAGACUACUUUCUCAGCAGGACCAUGCAGAGCUUGGAGCGUUACUUCUACUUGAUUGUAUUUAAUGCGUAUCUGCAUGAACAGUAUCCGCUUGCCUUUGUGUCCAACUUCAGCCAGUGGAUGUGCUGCCAUGCGUGGCUGUACAGGCUACUGGCCUGCAUGGAUCUGUCCGAGCUGUCAGCCCCGGCCGAGCUGGUCACCAGAGGAGCCCGCGUCCUGGUCGCUGAUGAGUACUUAGCCCCCGACGUUCUCAGCACAACGAAGGAGAUGAAGGCGGUCAACUUCAGACGAGUGCCCAAGAUGCCCAUUUAUGGAGUGGCUCAGCCGACGUCAGAGGCUAGCAGCACAGUCUUGGCCCAUCUGACGGAUGAGAAGAGGAAGCACCGCCACGUGCUGUGGGUCAACCUGCAGGAGGAGCUGGUGUUGGAAGGAAAUGGUCAGAUUUUCACACCGAGGGAGCCCUCGUGCCUAGACCAGCACAUUCCUGUUCCAUCAUGUGACCCACAGCAAAUAGAGAAACUGGAGACAUCUCUGAAGGAGGGGAUCCUGCAAGCUCAGAAGUGGCUGGAGGUGACGCUGGAGCAGGACAAACAGAUGAAGAUGUUCAAAAGUUGCCUGACAGUCCAGGAGAUAUUCAAUCAGCACAAAAGCUCCCACCAGGGCCUCGUCUACAAACGCAUCCCUCUGCCAGACUGCAGCGCGCCCAGGGAAGAGGACUUUGAUAAGUUGCUGGAGGCCAUGAAGAGUUCCCUGGCUGAAGAUUCCCACUCAGCAUUUGUUUUUAACUGCUCCAAUGGCAAAGGCAGGACCACGACCGCCAUGGUCAUCUCUGUUAUGACUCUCUGGCACUUUAAUGGUUUCCCAGAGUUUGCAGAUGAUGAGAUUGUAAGUGUUCCUGAUGCCAAGUACACAAAAGGAGAAUUCGAGGUUGUGAUGCAGCUGGUUCGCCUCAUUCCCGAUGGCCACAGGAUGAAGAGGGAGGUGGACAUGGCCUUGGACUCUGUCAGUGAGACCAUGACACCCAUGCACUACCAUCUGAGAGAGAUCAUCAUCAGCACAUACAGACAGGUUAAAAGUGGGAAGACGGAGAAGGAGCGUGAGCAGGUGCUGCUGAAGAGCCUGCAGUAUCUGGAGCGCUACAUUUACCUCAUCCUCUUCAACACAUAUUUGCAUUUAGAGAAGAAAGACUCCUGGCAGCGCUCCUUCACGCUCUGGAUGGAACAGGUCGCUGCCAGGGCCGGAGUUUAUAACAUCCUCAACCAGCUGGCCUUCUCCGAGUUUGAAAACCCGAGGGACGCGCAGCUGGCCAGGCUGCGAUGCCGCUGGCAACAGCAAAGCAUUCAGUCACUUCCUUUCCGAGGGGAGUUCAUCUGAGAGAGAGAGGAUCACUGUGAACGCACUAAAAAAGUGCUGUGCUUUUCAGAAUAAAAGACAUUCACAUUGUCACCGUCUUCUACGUUCACUCGUGUAGGUGCGUAUUGUUCGGUGGAUCUGCGACGUGUCCUUCUCUCUUUUUGUUCUUCAUUUUGUUAGGUUUGUUUUAACGUUAAGUCUAAUUUGUUCUUUUUAGUGGUAUAGCUCAUAGAAUGGACUAAUAUUUCAAAUGACACAGCCACGUUUUUUCAAACCUGUCACACCGCGACAAAAGCACUGUGUUGUCAGUUAACAGCACGUCUCAGCCGCUCGCUGCUGUGUGACCUGCUAUUUUUCUCCAGCCCUGUUGUUUUCCUCUCAGCGCAGCUGUCAUCAGCAGCUGCACGAUUGUCUGACGUGUGGUUUUACAAACUGGUGCUUCAUUAAACGUUAACGGGCCCUUGAGUCUGCCAGAGCGAUUUUCUUUUACACAGUAUGUCGAUGGUUAUUCUCUCGUACCUGUUUCUGUUUCCAUUGCCUUCCAUGUGUCAAGAUACAGGUACUAGUGGUGCAGCAUGUCAGGAUUGUUUUCAGUCAGUUUCCUUUUGCUCUCAAGCUCUAAAUAAGUCUUUUGAUUCACUUUUAUGAACAGUGUUGCCUGGACAGGGAAGUCACCACCAAGAGAGUCUUUAAACGUCACAUAUGGAGAUUUCGGUAUAGACCUGUGUAAAACUGGCAGAGUUCCCCUUUAAUCAGCUCCGUUCAUGCAGACUUCGCGACCACUAACAGUUUCUGUGACAUCACCACCGCCUGUCAGCGGGAAUCAAAUUAUACGUCUGACGGUGAAAUUAAUAGUUGGAAUAAGACAGACCUGCAGAUACUUGGGUCAAAGACAUUUCAUUGUUUUUAACAAAAAUGCCAUGUGAAGACAAAGCUGCAUGAAUCACUGUCCGGAACAAUCAUGAGUUGUGCUUUUGUCAGACAGACUGAGCCUCGUUCAAUAGCAGCUUAGAAAGUUUGAAAGACAAAUAAGUCUGAUUUAGUUCUUAAAAUGUGCAUAUAUAUAUAUAUUUUUAAAGACCACAAUGCAGUGUAAAAUGGUAACAUAUUCGAAAAAUAUUAUGAAUGAGGUAUACGGUCAAUGAAUUAUUAUAAUAGACAACACAAAAACUAUGUUUUCUGCAAACAGGUACAUUUCAGCAUCUGCUUAGAAACGGUGUAAAUGGGUGUAAAGAAAAUGAAUUCUUCUUUCCUUAUGAACAGUUGUUGAAUGAGGCUCACACAUGCCAGUGUCAUUUCCAGGAUAAAGUUCUCCUGUAAAGUGUUUCUUUUUCCAACACCUUUUUAUUUUUUUUUCCACUUAAUCUGCUCAUGUGUUUAGCUGUAAAAUAACCUCAAGAGUGUUGUAACAACCAUGAAUUCUGCCUUAAAGCAAGAAUGAAUCCUCUGUAUAGGAAAACCUUGCAUUCCGAUUUGUCCUGCUCGGUCAAAUAUGUCGUAGAAUUUUUACUGUAUAUAAUAAUCGAUCCAGACUAACUGAGCAAAGAAAGAUAGUGAUGGUUCAAAAUGAAACGGAUGCUUUAGAAAUGAAUUUGCCAUAUACACAGGUUGUAACAACAUUGUUCAUUGUUCAGCCAUUUUCUUAAUUUAAUGUUGUUUUUUUUAAACAAAAGAUCUUAUGAAAAGAGCAAUGUAUUCUCCUUGUAUUACUGUAUGUGUCAUUUCCAUUUCUUUUUGGGGGUUAAAAUAAAGAUUUCAAGUUGUUUUAACAAGCUG